AUGUCCAGCGAAGAGUUGUACCUUCCUGACAUUCGUAUGGAAAAACAAUUUAACGUGCAGCCAUACGAAUUUUGCCAAGUGUGUCAAUUAUUGAAAGCGAUUCACGUAGAUGUAUUGAAACAACACAUCCUGGAAACUCACGAUCAACCAUACCUAUGUAGAGUAUGUGACAAGCGUUUUACCCGGAAAGGCGAUCUUAAAAGACACACGAGAGUGCAUACUGGUGAGCAACCAUACCAAUGUAAAGAAUGUGGCAGACGUUUUACCGAAAGUAGUAGCCUGAAAACGCAUAUGAGAGUACACACUGGUGAGCAACCAUAUCAAUGUGCAGUGUGUGACAGACGUUUUACUGAGAAUGGCAGUCUGAAAACACACAUGAGAGUACACACUGGUGAGCAACCGUACCAAUGUAACGUAUGUGGCAGACGUUUUACCCAGACAGGACACCUGCAAACACACAUGCGUAUGCACACUGGUGAGCAACCAUAUCAAUGUAUAGAAUGUGACAGACGUUUUACGCAGUUAGGACACCUUAAUUCACACAUGAAAAUGCAUUCUGGUGAGCAGCCAUACAAAUGUAAAGAAUGUGACAGGCCUUUUUCUCGCAGAGACCAUUUGAAAUCACACAUGAGAGUACAUACCGGUGAGCAACCAUACCAGUGUAAAGAAUGUGGAAAGCGAUUCACCCAGACUUACAACCUGAAAACACAUAUGAGAUUACAUGCUGCUAGACAGCCAUACCAAUGUAAUACAUGUAACAAACGUUUCAUCAGCAAAUUUGCCAUGGAAAGACACGUCCACAUCCAUACUCUUGAGCAACAAUAUGGUAUUGUGAAUUUAGAAGAAACUAUUAUUGGUGGACAAAUACAGGUCUUUCGUGUAAUAUUUUCGUAG